AUGGUGGCUGCCCGGGGGCCCACCUUCCGGGAGGCGGCCCGAAGAGCCUCAACGGCGGCGGAUCUCAUGAUCCGCCGCAUAGAAUCGUUGGGGCUAAGGGUCGCCGUGCCGAAGACGGAAGUGGCCGUCUUCGGCGGGAGGGGAAGAGGUUGGGUAGUGUCGGCGGGCGCCCACAUGUCCAUCACCAGGGAGAUGGUCCCGGUCAAGGCUCAGAUCAAGUGUCUGGGUCUUGUCCUGGACCGGCGGUGGAAAUUCGGGGAGCACUUUCAACAGCUCGCUCCCCGAAUAGUGGGCGCCGCCUCUGCGUUGGGCCGGCUACUGCCCAACCUCGGACGGCCGGGAGUCCCGUGCAGGAAGUUGUACUCCGGAGUAACCCGGAGUAUGGCAUUGUACGGGGCUCCCGUGUGGUGUGGGGCCUUAUCAGCGGCAACGAGGGCGCUGCUGAGAAGGCCCCAGAGGGUGGUCGCCCUGCGGAUGUGCAGGGCGUACCAGACAGUGGCCGCGGCCGCGGCAUGCGUGCUCGCCGGAACUCCGCCGUGGGACCUCGAAGCGGAGGUCCUGGCGGAGGUUCACAACUUCCGGCGAGAGAGGAAGGUGCGAGGCGAGAACCCUGCUCCACAAGAGCACACCCUCGAGGUGUGUUGCCGGUGGAUCGAGCGGCGCCGCACUCUGGUGGCGACAAUAGGGAGGGACCUCUCGCUGCCCAGCGUGGUCGCGGCCAUGCUGCGGGACGAGAGGUCCUGGGACGCGGUGGCCUCCUUUUGCGUGGAAGUGAUGACGCAAAAGGAGGCGGCGGAGCGGGAGCGCGAGGACGCGCCUGACGCACCCCCACUCCGGCGCAGACGGCUGGGAAGGAGGCGGUGGCAAUUUGCCGCUCAACUCCUUCCCCACUGA